AUGAGAGCAAUGCCGCUGCCCUUGCUCGUCCGCGCCGCGCCGCCCGGGUGCGUGCUCCGAUGUCGCCGCGGCGUCCUCUCCUCGGCCGCCUACUCGUCCAAACCCCCCGUCGCCAAGCCCAACGCCAAAGCCAAGCCGUCUCCGCCAGCAUCGCCGCCCCCCCCGCUGCCUCGGGCCACGCCGCACCCUGCAUCGGGGGGCGCCCCAGCCAAGACGCUCAAGGAGCGGCUCCGGUGGGCUCUCGGGCCCGUGAGCUCAGUCGCCGAGGCCUACGGCCGGGCGCAGCGCGCGCAUCCGUACAGGACGCAGAUUGUCGGCGCCCUCGUCGUCUUUUUCUGUGCCGACCUGAGCGCCCAGCACAUUGGAGGCCGCGAGUACGAUGCCGCGCGGACGGCCCGGGCCCUCGUCAUUGGCUUCGUCGCCGCCGUGCCGUUUUAUAAGUGGUUCGUCUUCCUCUCCAAGAACUUCAACUACGCCUCUCGCGUCCGCUCCCUCGUCACCAAAGUCGCCGUCAACCAGCUCGUCUUCACCCCGACCUUCAACGUCUACUUCUUUGGCUCGCACGCCCUCCUCGCCGGCGACGGACUCGACGCCGCUCUGCAGCGAGUCUGCGACGCCGUGCCCACCAGCUGGCUCAACUCGUUUAAAGUCUGGCCCGCCACCGUCUUCAUCACUCUCGCCUUUUUGCCCCUCGAGUACCGCACCCUCGUCUCCAAUUUCGUCGCCGUGGGCUGGCAGACGUACCUCAGCUACCUGAACCGCCAGGCUGAACUGCGCGACGAGGCAAGGGCCUUGGCUGCAAGAGCUCCUGCGCCCUAA